UUAACCUAAUGACACCCAUGUUCAUACAUCUGUAUCUUGUUUCUCAACUUUUCCAUGUGUGUUUUCCUUUCUUGUUCUCUUGCGCUUCAAGACCAGUGAGCUUUUAGGAUCCAUCCAUGGCCUGAAUCUGCAAAUCAACCCCCAGUUUUGAAGGCCUUUCUGACCGUUCUCUUCUUUCUUUGGUUCUGAGGAAAAAGAUGAAUCCUUAUGCAAGAGAAACAUAUGCUGCUGGUGAUUCCAUGGCUGCACCUCAACCAAUGGAAGGACUCCAUGAUGCAGGUCCUCCUCCUUUUCUCACAAAAACAUAUGAAAUCGUAGAUGAUUCAAGCACCAAUCAGAUCAUCUCUUGGAGUAGAGGAAACAACAGCUUCAUUGUGUGGGAUCCCCAAGCAUUUUCCAUGACCCUUUUGCCUAGAUACUUCAAGCACAGCAACUUCUCAAGCUUUGUCAGGCAGCUCAAUACCUAUGGGUUUAGGAAGGUUGAUCCAGAUAGAUGGGAGUUUGCUAAUGAAAGUUUCCUUAGAGGGCAAAGGCAUUUGCUCAAGUGUAUCACGAGGAGAAAAACGCAGCAACUCCUGUUAGAUCCUUGUGUUGAAGUUGGGAGGUUUGGGUUUGAAGGAGAGAUCGAUAGUUUAAAGCGUGACAAGCAGGUUUUAAUGGCGGAAUUAGUGAAACUCAGACAACAACAGCACAAAACCAGGACUUGUUUGCAGGUAAUGGAAGAAAAGCUGAAGAGAACCGAGAUGAAACAGCAACAGAUGAUGGGUUUUUUAGCCAAAGCAAUGAAGAAUCCCAGCUUUGUUCAGCAACUGAUACAUCAGAAAGAUAAGAGAAAAGAGCUUGAAGAAGCUAUCUGCACAAAAAGAAGGCGACGGAUCGAUAACCAGAGGCACAAAAGUGCUAAACCAGCUGAUGUGUAUGAUGAUAUAAAUAUUGGUAGAUUUGAAGUUUCAGAAUUUGAUCAAAUUGCAACGGACUUGCAACCGGUUUUGGAACAUGUAGAGGGGAUUAAUGAAGAACAUGGAAGCUAUAAUGAUGAAGAUAAAAGAAUUGGUGAAGGGUUUUGGAAUGAUUUCUUGAAUGAUGAUAUGGAGGAAGAAACACCAGUUUUGCAGGUUGACGAAGACGAUAUUGUAGAUGUUGAUGUUCUGGUUGAGCAUCUGGGAUUCUUGGGUUCUAGUCCCAAGUAGAAUUUGCAGGUAAUUAAGCUUAUUUUCAUUCAGUUUCUUAUCUGUAACAGGCUCAAUGGUGGCCUUAAUUUGGACUGACAGUAAUGGCAAAUUACCUAGUAAAACUGUUUCAGGUUUGUUUCUUCAAUCUUAGAAUUUAAAACCUGUAGAUUAAUUUUCAUGUCAAUGAAACAAGUGUGGAAAAACACCAGCAAAAUCCAUUGGGGAAACUUGACAAUACCCUUC